AGAGUGGAGCAGUAAAGUGGGAGCAGAGGUGAGAGAGUAGCAUCCCAUUCGAUCCCAGUUGGCAUUUGGCAGAUAGAUCACUGUUAACCCUCUCUACACUUUCUUCUUCUGUUCAGUCAUCCAAUCUUAGAAAAAUCCACCUUCCUUUAUUCUAAAUAAUAUUCAUUCAAGAACCCCCCAAAGAGUAAACUAAAUAAAUAAUUUUAGAUGAGAUAAUGCAAGGAUCUGUAGCUGAAGCAGAAGCAGAGGAUGAGGAAGUGAAGUGGACGACGCUCCUCAAUGGCAAACUCUAAAUUCAUUCUCCUCUUUCACUUCCUCUCCUUCUCCUUCUUCGCCCUUUCAUCCACAGCUGAAGCAUUACAUUCCCCUCAGGUGAAGCAGCAAAAUCGAGACCAAGACCAAGACAAGCAACCAUUCGUGGGGGUUAACAUCGGCACCGAUGUUUCCAAUCUCCCGUCAGCUUCCGACCUCGUCGCGUUUCUUCAGUUACAAAAGAUAACACACGUUCGUAUCUACGAUGGAAACCCCGACAUCCUUAAAGCUCUUUCUGGUACAAAGAUUCGUGUGGUUAUCAGCGUCCCCAACAACCAGCUCCUCGCGAUUGGUUCCUCCAACGCCACCGCCGCUUCAUGGAUCGACCGAAACGUCGUCACUUACUACCCAGACACACUCAUCACCGGAAUCUCCGUCGGCGACGAGGUCCUUACGACGGUUCCAUCCUCCGGCCCACUUAUCCUCCCCGCCAUUGAGUCCCUCUACAACGCUCUCGUUGCUUCGAACCUUCACCAACAGAUAAAGGUUUCAACCCCUCACGCCGCCUCCAUCAUUCUCGACCCUUUUCCUCCUUCUCAGGCUUACUUCAACCAGAGCCUCACCUCCGUUAUUCUCCCUCUCCUUCAGUUCCUUUCAAGAACGGGUUCCCCCUUGAUGAUGAACCUUUACCCUUACUACGUCUUCAUGCAGAACAAGGGGGUGGUUCCUCUCGACAAUGCCCUCUUCAAGCCCAUCACCCCUUCUAAGGAAAUGGUCGACCCCAACACCUUGCUUCACUACACCAACGUCCUCGACGCCAUGAUCGACGCUGCUUAUUUCUCCAUGAAGAACCUUAAUGUCACCGAUGUUUUGGUUCUUGUAACGGAAACUGGGUGGCCUGCAAGGGGUGAUGCUAAGGAGCCUUAUGCCACCAAAGACAAUGCAGACACUUAUAACUCCAACUUGAUUAGGCACGUUUUUGAUCGCAGUGGCACCCCUUUGCACCCUGAAACUACUUCCAGUGUUUUUAUCUAUGAAUUGUUCAAUGAAGAUUUGAGGUCUCCGCCGGUGUCGGAGGCCAAUUGGGGUUUGUUUUAUGGGAACGCCACGCCGGCGUAUUUGCUUCAUGUGUCCGGAAUUGGGACUUUUCUGGCCAAUGAUACCACCAAUCAGACAUACUGCAUUGCCAUGGAUGGCUUUGAUUCUAAGACAUUGCAGGCUGCGCUUGAUUGGGCCUGUGGGCCGGGGCGCGCGAAUUGCUCCGAGAUUCAGCCUGGAGAGAGUUGUUACCAGCCUAAUAGUGUGAAGAACCAUGCUUCUUAUGCGUUUGAUAGUUACUACCAGAAAGAAGGCAGAACUCCAGGCACUUGUGACUUCAAAGGAGUGGCAAUGAUCACCACCACUGAUCCUAGUCACGGGAGCUGUAUAUUUCCUGGAAGCAAAAAAGUGAGCAACAAGACAAAGGAUGUGGUGAACUCUACUCAGUCAAGCAGUGCAGGGGAGAAGUUGAGGUUCAAAACCUUUAACAACAUAAAAAUAAGUGCAAUUAUCAACAUUUUGCACAUCUUCUUGGCUGCUUAUCUCCCUACUUUGUUGUUAGUCCUUUUAUGAGGUGCAAAUAAUUCAAUUUUUUUUUUUUUUCUAUUUGGAAUUUUGAAUUCUUAGAUUUAAGGAUAAGAUCAUGAGAGAAAAAGGAAUCGUGCAUAAUCUGUAGCUUUAACCUUAUGAUAGUGCUUAUGAUAGAUGGUUCCUUUUCUAAGAAACUAGUGUUAAUAAUUUUUCGUGGGCCUCUUGUAAUUAACGUAUGUAUUUCUUAAAAUCAUAUUUGUUUAUCAAUUUGUUUAGAAUAUGUAUCACAAAUUCAUAAUGUGGCUAUCAUCGUUGUGUUGGAGGCCCAUGAUUCUGGCCAUUGGAUAUGAUCAUGAGUUUUGUUCCCC